AUGAUUCAGAUUAUGGACAUUGCUUUCAACAAUUUCAAUGGAAAACUAUCUGAAAAAUAUUUCAAAACUUGGGAAAGAAUGAUGCUUGGUGAAGAUGGUGAUGUAUCGGACUUCAACCUCCUACCGCAGAGGCGCAUUGUCUCAUAUUAUAAAGAUAGUGUUACAAUUACAUGCAAAGGCCAACAACAGGAGUUGGUUAGAAUUCUAAAAGUUUACAAAGCCAUUGAUUUCUCAUCCAAUUUUUUUGAAGGACAAAUACCUGAGUCGUUGAUGGACUUCAAAUCAAUUUAUAUUUUGAAUUUUUCAAACAACGGUCUUACCGGUGAAAUCCCAUCUUCUCAAAUAACUCCUUGGUUGGUGAAAUUCCAGUGGAACUGGCAAGAAUGUCCUUCCUUUCUUAUUUGGACCUCUCUUUCAAUCAUUUCAGGUACUCAACUUCAGUCAUUUCAAGCUUCUUGCUUUGAAGGAAAUGAUGGACUAUAUGGUCCUGUUUACAGUUGUUUUUGGUAA